GGAAGGUGUGUUAGUUUUGGUUGUGAUUGUGGCGUUUGACCAGAAGAAUGCAUGGGGAAGUUUGAUACACAGUUAAAGUCCAAGCAGCAUGAAGCCACAGUCAGAUCCAGCUUCCAGAGGUCCUGCUCUUUCUUCUCAAGCAUUCUUGAGCCCUUUGCAAAAGGCUUCUCAGUUUCAGAGUCUGGACUCCAGAGGACUUGUGCAAGAGCCUCUUGGUUUUCAGGAGAAGCAGCUGUUGCAGGGUCCAGUCAAGCCUUUGGACUGGAGGUUUCCCAUCGUUCCAGAGGUGCAAAGCGAGUUGGCGGUGGACUUCCAGUUGAGGCAACCUGUGACUCCCAGUAGUGUGGCUGUUCAAUGCGGUGAGAACCGGGUUCUUGUGGAGGUAAAGAAGGAUUUGUUUAGCAAUGGUCAACUGAUCCAGCCAUCUGGUUUGUCUAUGGGAGGCUGCCCUGUUGUCGGUGAGGACUCUGCCUCUAGGGUGCUCCUCUUUGAAUAUGAACUACAGGACUGCAAUAGUGUGCUGAUGAUGACUGAGGAUGAGCUUGUCUACACUUUUGCGCUUACCUACACUCCUGAGGUGUUCGCUGGAACUCCGAUUACCCAUACCAAUGGGGCAGUUGUUGGUGUUCAAUGCCACUAUCAAAGGGUCUACAAUGUGAGCAGUAGUGCUUUGAGGCCAACUUGGGUCCCUUAUGCCUCAACGGCAGUUGGCGAGGAAGUCUUGCUGUUCUCCCUGAAGCUCAUGAUGGAUGACUGGUCCUAUCAGAGGCCUUCAAACUUGUACUUCCUGGGUGAUGUUAUUAAUAUUGAGGCAUCCGUGAAGGUGUACAACCACGUCCCACUGCGUGUGUUUGUGGACCGCUGUGUGGCCACCCAAGUACCUGAUGUGAAUGCUCUUCUGAGAUAUUCCUUCAUUGAGAACCAUGGGUAAAGUCACUUUAUUCUAUA